AUGGAAUCACCAUAUUGGCGACCGUGUGAUGCAGACGGCAGCAAUUGUCACUGUGACUUACGACUAGAACUCAUGGACUGUGCCGAAACGUACUCAGCAAGUAUCGUCAUGAAGUUACAAAUAGCUCUAUCAAUUGCUGUUACACUUGGAGCAACUGGAAUAUUGACGUUUCGCCUGUUAUUUCGUGGGCAAAAGUUGGUUGACUAUCGAGGAGGAAGGCCACAACCCCAACCUAUUUUAUCCAUGUAUAUUCUUGGUAUAACCUUCAAUCUUCUCCGAAUGUUACACGCAAUAUUUUUGCUUACUGAAGUAGUGCAAAGCAAGAUUGUUCGUUCUUUUCUGUUUGAUCUUUCUUGGCAAUUUGGAUUUGGAACAUUCGCUGCUUACCUCAUUGGUAUCGCUAGCGCUGUAUUUGAUAGUAAUACAGUUGUCACACGCGGCUGGAAAUUUAGUCAAUCUCUCGUAACUAAAAUUGGUGUGGCAUUUUUGGUCUUGCCUGUCUUUACAAACAAUUGCUGCUCCGUAUUGAUUGGAUACUUCGCCGAAAAGAACAACCCACAGCUGGCGGACAUAUUCACCCGGCUGUUGUACACAUUCUGGUCGUGUUACUGCUUUGCUUUAUCAUCCUGCGUCUUAUAUGCCGGAUUCGGUUUAAUCAGGUUAUUGGAUAGCCAUCUCCGUGCCGUUAUUGAUGGAAGACAGUACGAUGUUUUCAAGACGGGUCGAGUGAAGGUGCGAAUUAUUAUGACGGUAACUGUUCUCUGCCUUAUGGCAUUCUUUCUACUUUUGGUGGUUUAUAUGGCAUGCAAGCCUAUAAUUCAAGCAAGCGUGCCAUUUAACAUCAUUAUCUGUAUCAUUUGGAACUUUGCUGGACCGAUAGCCACUUUUUUCAUUGAAAUAACGUUUCUACUUGACCCUAAAAUGCUCAAGGGUCCAACAUUUUCAGCAACUGGGUCAACUUUUGGCCAAAGGUCCGAUGAAACGACUAUCGAAAUUCGAGGCAGCCUCAUCGACGCCAAUAAACUGCCUGGAGCUCAGUACCUUCAGCGAGGUCACGAACUAAAAGUAUAUAACCAGAGUCAAAGCUCUAUGAGCUCUGACGUGAAGCAAUUGAUGUAUCAAUGA